AUGGACAUCGUAUCACUCAUACCUGCCAGUGACGAAUAUGAAAGUCCCUUCCACUUUAUUGAGGAUGAAAAUGAAUGCCCUGGUGGGCAUUACAGUGUUACACCUGAUGAAAUCUUUCAUGGGGAGAAAACGAAAUAUCAAGUGAUGCUCAAUAUAAACUUUGGCGACAAAUCAACUGUCUGGGUGUGCCAUGACUACGACUUGACAGUCAAAUAUUGGGCAGUGAAAAUCCUCAGCGUUGAUGCUUCCAAAAACACUCGAGAGCACUUAGUAGAAGAGUAUGUCAAAAAGCCUCUCGACAGACUCGAAGAAAAAGAGCAAAGAAACCAGCUAAACAACGCUAUUUGCCUCCCUGUUGAUAAGUUCCUUGUCAGAGGUCCAAAAGGAAAUCAUCAGUGUUUCGUUUACCCUCUCCUGGGGCCCAAGGCUCAGCCUGGUAGGAUGUCAGAGUGUUUGGAGAUUCUGAGGUGGGGACAUUUCGGUGAUGACAAGUUAUGUGCAAAAGGGUAUUAUCAGUUGGUCAACGCAGUGAGGUUCAUUCACUCUCAACAACUCUGUCACGGCGGAAUUAUCCCUGCCAACGUUUUCUAUCGGAUCCAAGGACUCGAUGGCAAGCGUGUCAAUAAUGUAUGCCUUAUUCUCGGGGGUGGGAAGAGACGUAUGGCAAGGGAAGGCGAAAUAAGGGCAGAACCCCGCAAGGAGGUAAAAAGAAUUCAUAAAGGAGCCGGCGACUGGAAAUCAAGAUCCGUAUCUUGGAAUCCUGCACGUAUCCGGAGAUACUUGACAUCGGAUAUCGCACUAAUCGAUUUUGGCCAAUGUUUUCUGCAGUCAGAUCCGCCCUCGACACUAGAUAUCCCAGAAUCAUACCAGCCUCCGGAGCUCAUGUUAAAAAAUAUUCUUGGCCCAGGCACAGACCUCUGGACCUUGGGCUGUACCUUGUACGAGCUCCGUAUGAAUCGUCCUCUCUUGGACUUUGGAAGCACCGAUCGCAUAGAACGAUUGCAAUGCAUAGUCAAAACUUUGGAAUCUUUGGGCGGUAAUGUUAAGGAUCUAGAAAGCUAUGGCUGCCCGGACCUAAAUGUUUCCAGGCUCAGCGAGUCCAAGUGUAUUCCGGCAUUGAGUGACCUGCUCAAAGAAAGUACUUCGACGUUCGUUGUGGGUGAUCCCCCUCGUAUUUACCGACUUGCCGUGAUUGAUCAUGCAACGGAACAAAGAGCUAUUGAAAUCCUGUUACAAAAGCUUCUCAAGUACGAUUACGAACAGCGAACAGGGGCGGAAGCCAUUAUCAAUGAUGAUUGGUUAAACCGACGUUACCGCAAAAGAAAGAGAACUCGCAAGCGUCUGGGCUGGGCACAAAUAAUCAGGUCGCCAUAG